AUGUUACACACCUCUGUAAAAGAGCGGCAAGGCUGGGAACACUGGGUUGUAGGUCGGUUUACAAGUUCCAAUGAAGAGCACAUAAUAGCAUCCUCUGGCUCCGUGCUCUAUCUCUAUUCUGUCAUAGAGUCUCCACUAACAGGGACGCGAAGACUUAUUUGCUUAGCCAGUCAGGAGCUUUAUUCAACGAUUCUGGGUCUUGAUGUUUUAGACCUAUCCAAAGAGAGCGGCUCUAGAGCACUCCUACUAGCUAUAGACGACGGAGGGCGCUUGUCUGUUCAUGCCGUCCAAUGCACGGCCGACAACAGAGCGUCUGUAUCAUUCUUUCACUGCAUCCUCACGCACAGGGUGUCCCGUUCCGGCAUCAGAAGCACAUCCCCCUGGCGUGUGGCUAGCCGGCUUGGCUAUAUUGCCGUGCUUCUCCUUGAUGCCACGUUGCUCAUUUUCAAGCUAGAGACAAAGGAAAGGCUCCAUGGAGCUGACUCUAUGCUCUUGGAAACACUGGGGCCUGAUGAAAUGUUCUUGCUCCCUCCCACUGUAAUUAGCUUGAGUGAUGCCCUCCUUACUCCAGGUAGCACCGACAAGAUUGAAGGGCCUAGGCCACCAAGGCGCUGGGGAGUGCCACAGCUGCUAAGCCUAGAUCUUUGCAUCGCACUACUAUCCGAACCGUGCUGCAUCAUACUAGGAAAAGACACAAGUACAGGGCUGCAUCUUCUCUUCCGCGUCGCUAUGGUGGACACGUGCUCUAAAGUGCACCAUCUUAUUGUGCACCCAUCCAUUCUAGCAAUUAGGACCAUCUCGUCUGGACUUAUUGGCUUUGGCGGGAAACUGAUUCUCUGCUUGUCAUCUGACUUUCUUAACACAAUGUGGUUGGAUAUUUAUCCAUUCUUGCAUGCGCAUCGGGACGGUACUGGCGCGUUCGACUACGCUGAGGAAGGAGAACUUCUUAUAAGUAUAGCUUCUCUUUCGUCUUAUGAGCUUCCUGACCCACUUCGUUUGGUGGGAUGUGCUCUAUUUGGGACAUAUCUGGCAAUAGCUUCAGAAGCACCCGUCUCUCCAUCGACGGGGCACAUUAUAUUUGCACAGGAGGUGCACCUUGAUCAAAGUAGCAGCUGCUCCCACGUUUGGCUUUGUAGCGAAACCGGUGAGCUGACAAGUGUACUUAUACCAACCGAUCAAUCUAGCUUUACAUUGAAUAACAUUUUAUUCCUCAGUUCUGCAGUUAGUAGCAAUCUCUCCCAUAUAUCAGAAGCCAAUACACAAGUUGAGCGGUUUACACUUCAUUCCACGGGCUCUCUUUCAAUACAGAUUACCCGAGUUGGAACUUUGUCCAUUCCCUGUCAAGGAUGCUUUCUUCUCACUAGUGGGUUUCUGGGGUGUGUCAUGGCUACAGGAAGCUUGACCUUGUACAGGAUUGUGGACUUGCCUAGGGGUCAUAAGCUGGCACCGCUCCCUUUACUUAGUCGACUGGUACAGUAUCCUACAUACAGAGACGGUAGCCCUAUCUAUCCAGCCUUGCAGCUAUUGCGGCUAUUGACUCAACCAGUCGCACUCAAGGAAGGAUUCAGAGAGGAGGAUACGGCUGAGUUUCUAUCAAGAAUACUGCUCCAUGAGAUUUCUCUUCCAAUUGCUGACAUAAUAGCAUCUGCGGUGGUAUUGUCAGCACCAAAUGCGGUUGACUCAAAGUACCUUGUGGCAAACAAAACAUCUCUCUCAUUAUGCUCUCUUGCUGUCCCCAUGACACACAUAUACUCGGGGCCCUUGAUCAAGGAAGAGAGCUCUGCAGUGUCCUCUGUUGCACUCUAUCAAGUUAUGUUUGAUUCUACUGGGUACUUAAUCUUUUCAUGCACCACACUCAAUCCUCAACAGACCCGAAGAAACAUAUGUCUGAAAGUCGUCGACACGGGCCUAAAAUACGCGUCGCAUCACUCUAAGAUCGUGUAUAAACCAACUAUACUAUCUAGCGUACGUACGGAGGUACUUGAGAUGAAUCUCUUAUUCGUCUCUGAGUCCCUUGCAACUCAACAAAAUGCCACGCCUAUCUACAUGGAAGGUCACCUACUGGGGAUCUUUACGCUUCACAACGGUAUUAUCUUGCAAAUAUUUGAAGGAGACGAGCCUUGUAGGCUUAAGCUAGUGUUUAUCUCAUUGUGUCAUAGCAGUAUUAGGAGAGCCUUAAGCUAUGCCUCUCAGAUCCCACCAGACCAUGACGAAUACACAGACGAUUCUACUACCGAUUUCCUAACAAGCAAAUGGUCUUCAAGCGGAGUCGGGAGGCAUAAAUAUGAUAACGAGCUAUCGGAGGACGAACCUGGGGUAUCAGAAUCGUCGUCAUAUCUUCUCUUCACCUAUGACUGUUCCUUAAAAGUGCCGCUAGUAUCAGUGUUAUAUUGCAUGCCUAUCAACGACAGGUCUGCACAAAUAUGCUUUCAGACACAGAAUGGGCUGCUAAAGCUAUCUGUUAAUAUAGGGAAUCUUCACCGAUUACAGCUCUACACAGGCAGAGAUAAAGAGUCACAUCCUCAUAAUCUCCAUAUAUCGCAAUUUUUGCCCACAUUUAUGGUAGAUUGUCAUGUCUCUUUCAAUCAGUACAUUAAGCAAUCUUGUCAUCAGCUCGCACAUAUAUGCUCAGAUCUCUUUCUUUGCAGCAAUAAUAACGUUUUAGCAUUAUAUUCUAACUUCCUUUUUUCGGAGAAUGUUAACCAGGCUAUAGAUAGUGUAGAUAGUGACUUUAAAUACGCUGCCUCAGUCUUUGUAUUGGAUGAAAAGCGACACAUCAUAUACAUAUUUCUAAGCCCAUAUUGGUCAUCGCCUACCGACUAUAGGUAUACUCCAGUGUUUGUAGUUGCCACAGAUGGAUUGCAUAUUUUCUAUGUUGAUAAAAAGGAGGAGAAGAUCUUAGACAUGAAGAGUAUCAUGUCCUUGCUUGAGCUCAAUGAAUAUCUAGAGACAACUGCUUCAAUCUUUGCAAAGGACGCCCCAAUUUUAUUUAACGAUCAACCUCAUGAGAUGAAGAGCUUCAAGGUUCAUCCUGUAUCUACAACCAGCGUUAUGCUUACAUCUAAUGGAGUAGUAUUCUAUUGGCUUGCGUUUUCCGUUAUAAAAGAUUGUCUGAUACCACGCCAGCUCUAUCGCCUAGACUUUCCUAUAUCUUCGUUUCUGUCCAUAGCUUCAUUGAGUAUAGAAGGUGCUCUGGAUAAGUACUUCAUAGGUGUGACAGCCGAUUUGCAAUUUCACGUCUUUGAACCAGUUGAAGGGCUUCUGUGUCCAUCGCUAACGAGCAUUAAAGUAUUUGUAGAAGAUAAUGCAGGUCUUUCGGUGCAUGGACUAACGAUGCUUAAAGGUGGAUAUUGCGCAUGCAUAAUUAGAUCUCACUCAGUGCCUGAUAAAACAAGUUUAGUGGUUAUACGAACAAUGGGAUUAGGCCGUAAAUUACCAGAUAGCGAGCUGGGAAUUAAGUAUACUCUCCCUCUGGCAGCACGCACGAGUCUUCUUUCAUAUGACUACUCAUCUGGCAGAUUGUCCUGGGCCGAUGGACAAUCUUUCUACACUAUUGACAACAUAGCAAAGUUGCUAUCUCGGCAGAUAAAAGAGAUACAUCCAGCACACUAUCUCCUAUCUUCUGAAUGGGAUAUCACUGCACUCUGUGGCAUGGGGCAAUCUUCAGCCACCUUGUGUAUUGGGAUGGCACAAAGACUUUUAGUGUACGACACAGCAAUUAAAGAAGUCGUUGCUCAAGAGCUGCUUCCAGAUGCAAUCAUUCGUUUAGUAUUUCUAGGCAGCUCACGCAUAGUAGUUGUCAUGAACAAAGCUGGGCUGGCUAUUUUCUCUUUUUCGCAAGCCCCAAAGUGCAAGCUUGCUUUGGAACUUACUGACAGUGUCCCUAUGCGAAUUAUAACUGCGAUUUUACCACUCAAUCCAGACAUCAUUGUCGUCGGAGACCGAUUUGGGACAAUUUCAGUACUAUCAUGCACAAUAGAUAGCCGGUAUCAUCAAGCAUCUGUCUCUAAAAAGCUCUCCUUAUAUGCAGAGAUAUGUGUUGCUUCUCCAGUUACGUCACUAACUGCUGAGCCACGAAGGGGCAAGGAAUCCACUACCAUCAUUUACUAUACCCUUUUCACAGGAGAAAUAGGCAAGAUUGAGUUGAUAACUGAUAGGAGCACCUUCUCAUGUCUUUUGUGUGAUCAGGAGACUGCACACAAGAACGGUCUGUAUAAUCCGACAACCUCCAUAGCCAGCGAGUCUCAUAGACGCUUCCGGUGUGGCCCGUACUCGUUCGUCAACACGGUGGACAUCUCAUUUCUCUCAGACAUAUGCAGGACUCAUUCACUAAAACAGAACUUCAGCAAGCUCACUCAGAAAGAAUCCCCUUGA